ACAGGCCCGCUGUUGUGCCCCGCCGCGUGUCGUGUCCCGCAGGGCCACCUUCGCUCUCUAGUAGUCCCUUCCACCACACGCGACCGCAGGCCGCCGCACGAGUUCCCGAACCCACGUCUCCCCCCUGCGCCGCGCCGACUGUACCAACCCUCGGGCCGGCCCAUGGAGAUCUCCGCCUCCGCCGCGGCGGCGGCCGCCUCCUCCCCGCCCGCCAGGCCGCUGCUCCUGCGCCCGCUCGCCUCGUCAUCGCCCCACCCCGCCACGUCCUCCUCUACCACCACCCGCCGCCGCCCAUCCUCCUCGGCCACCGCCACGGUUCGCCGCCGCGCGCGCACCCGCCCACGGACGGGGCGGUCCAAGCCCCCCGCCGACGCGGGCGACUACUUCUCCGGCAACGAUGGCCCUGGCAUCGGAGGAUCCGGCGGCGGCGGCGGAGGACGGUGGAACUGGAACGGCGGCUUCGGCUCCGGAUCAGAGGGUCCCGGCGACUGGGAGCCCGAUGUGCCGGCGCCCCGGAGGUCCGCGGCGGAUGCGGCGAUCGAGGUCGUCUACGAGCUCAUGUGCCUUAUCGCGCUCUCAAACUGCACCCAGUUCGCCGUCCGCAGGCUCGCCGGCCUCCUCGCCGCCCGCGUCGCCGCCCUGCGAUUCGUCCCCACAGUCUGCUGAUCAUCCGUGGGGUUUGAUUUACUUCCUCUUCCUCCUGCCCGUCUACCUGAAAACCGCUUCUGUAUAUAUAUUAUCUGUCUGCAACUGCGGUUGUACGGGGUUGGGGCCUUGGGGGAAUCAGGAUCUCUGCCUGCUGUUCCUCGGUGCGUGCGUUCUACCUUUGAGCAGUAGCAAAAUUCGUCGAAUUCAAAUGGAAGAACAAAUAAAUAAGAACAACUUUUUUUAUCCUUUGUUGUUGGACUCAAGAUUGAUUGAUGCAAAUUGUGUUAGGAACUUAGGAUGCAUCAUUAUCUGUUCCUUGUGUAUAUAAAUGUGCUGUAAUUUAUUUUCAUGCUACUUCUAUUUAAGCCAUGCCAGAAAGCAAUGCAUUUGGGGAAUUCUCAUAAAUCUAGUUAGUUGAAUUUAACCUAUGUUUGGCUACUAACUUUGCACUUCUUACUUCAGCGAUCUCUUUUUGUAUAAUGAGCAAUUACUUAGCAUUUGUUACUAAGUGGAUGUGCUAUGCUAUAUGGUUAAUAAUACUCGCAGAGCAAUGGCUUUCUGAUGCUGGCUUGCUCAGCUGUGCUAGUAGCACAAUGGGCUGCAGCUGCUGCUGUUUAUUUCCUAUAGAGAAGAACAGUGAUUGCAAGUGUGCUUGCUGCUGCAGCAAGCUCUUCCGAGCAAGGAAGAUAUGCACCGUAUGUAGGAUGAUAUUACUUUGUAGCAAUGGGGUGUAUAGUGCAGUGAUUAUUGUAAAUAGAUGAUCCAGACUGGGUGGAGAAAUCUACUUGAUGGAUUAUAGUUUUUGUUACUUGAGCCAAAUUGUAGUAAUUUUUUAUUUUUAGAAAGGGGAAGGAAUAAACAGGACCUCCUAUUGACUAUUGUUGAA